AUGAAAUUAAAGAACGGAAACUUAAUAUCAAAAUCUGAUAAUAGUAAAGCUAUUGAAUUCUUUGCAAGUGCUGUAAAACGCGCUCAACACAUUGGUGCAGCUGGAAUUGAAUUUCAUGGAGCUCAUGUGUAUUUACUUUCAAUAUUCCUUCCUAAAACUAAUCCAAGAGAUGAUCAGUAUGGUGGAGAAACAAAGAGUAGAUUCCGUUUCCUGCAGGAAUGUGUUGAUGCAUUUCGUUUUCUUUCCGGAAAAGACUUUAUUGUUGCUGCUAAAAUCAAUGCAGAUGAUUGGGCAAAAGGCCGUAACAAACCAGAAGAUGCCGCAAAAUCACAAUUUCUAUCAAAGGAGUUGAUUUAUGGGAAUACUCAUUUGGUUAUUCCGACACUGAGGAAAGGAACAGAUGCAAAAUUGCUAUUGUAG